GGCUGUUUGGGUGUGGAUCUAUAAAUAUAGCGGAUCACGACAGUCUGACGAGAGUCUAACGGUCUUCUGCAUCAACUCAGCUCACAUACAUCAGGAAACAUGAACAAAAUCUUGCUCGGAAUCUUUGCAGUUGCGAUUUGUUUCGCAGUCGGUCAAGCUCUGCAGUGUUAUGAGUGUAAACUGGGAUUUUGGAAAUUUUGCAUUACAAACGAAAAGAAGUGUAAUGAUGGUGAGCAUUGCUUCAGCGGAGUAGGGACAGCUGUUGGAUUUAUGAAUAUCACGACAAAGGGAUGUCUGGAAUUGUCCAAAUGCAACAAAACUGAACAGACGAAUUUCACGUCCAACAGUCAGUUGUACCAGCUGACGAAGACGUGCUGCUCUGCUGACCUGUGCAACUCUGCUCCGGCUCACUUCCACAUGUCUGCCGUCAGCGUGGCCUUCGCUGCCAUCAGCGCGGUGUUCACGGUCAAAUACCUCAUCUGAGGAGGAUUAUUUCAGCUCACACACCAUAUACAGUAUAUAUAUAUAUAUAUAUAUAUAUAUAUAUAUAUAUACACACACACACACACACACACACACAACAUCGCUGAGCAAAUCCUGCGCACUAAACAAGCCAAAUUAAUUUGUUGAAAAACAGUUUAUGGAAUAAUUACUCAAAAUAGGUCACACACUGGAAUGUGUAAGAUUUUCAAUAGAUUUCCAAGUAGUGACACGUUCAACAUAUUAACAAUUUACAAUUUUUCUGCAUAUAACAUGGCAGGAAUUAAUUUAAUGUCAGCAAUGAAAACAAUUCUGGCUAUAGAUAAGCACUUCACCCAAUUAACCUUUUAUAAAACCAGCAAUAUACCCAGGUUGUUUACAUACAAUUACACAAACACACACACACAUCAUCAUCAUCAUCAUGCAUUCAGACAGAUUGUUUUACUUUUAUUUAGGGGAGUUUGAAUGAUACCCUAAAUAAUGAAUAAUACCCAAAAUAAACCUUUUUUCGAUAGCAGUUUGCUGUGUAUUUUUAUUAUUUUAUUUCUCCUGUCUGCAUUUCACUUAUAAUACACGGUCUGCCAAUAAGACCAGGGGGUUUGACUGUCAAAUCAUAAUUGCAUUAAUUGCAUGCUUAUGAAAUCAUUUAGUUUAAUGUUGGGGUGGGGGGUUAUCCACUGUAUCGUGCAUGCCUAUUCAUUUACACAGGACAUUCUUCAUUUUCAAACAUAAGGUUUAUCAAAGCCAUUUUGGUCAAAUUUCUAAAGCUGUCAACAUGGUGUUUUAUAUUUUGUGGAUUUGUUUGAUAAAGAUGAUUCUUUAUUGAAAUAAAUGUACGAAAAGGGCAAGAAGGAAUGUGUUUCUAGAGGUCUGCCGUCAGUAGUGUCCACAGGGGCCUGCUCUGACAAAUGACCUGUUUUAGUUGCCGUCACAAUGUGUGUAUAAAUUGCAGAUAUAAGACCAAUAAAACUGGAAUUAAAUUGUU